AUGCUUGAGGUGAAGUUAAAUAUGAAGGAAGGCAUAAGAGACACGUUAGUGUUCGACAUGAAAGACUUUCGACACGAGGACUUCAAGGAAUACGAAGCACUUGUGCCGCCCGCUCUGCUCGGUUUGAGCUAUGAGGAGGUAGAAUUUAAUAACCCCCUGUCCUGUGCAGUCCGCCUGUUGCGCUACGGCGACGACAAUGUCUAUGUGACAGCUAAUAUUGAAACGAACAUUUUGGUAGAAUGCGGACGCUGUAUCACCCCGUUUGAGGUGGACAUAACGACAACGGUUGAACAGCUAUUCUCCAUCGGUAGUGAAUCGUUAGAACAGAGUGAAGCGGAUGAGCGAUACUAUGACGGGGAAACCGUAGAUAUUUCAGAAGACGUUCGGCGGGCACUUGUUCUUGAAAUACCAGUAUGGCCGCUUUGUUCCGAAACAUGCGAAGGACUAUGCCCACAAUGUGGUGCGGAACUCAAUAUCAAGGCUUGUUCUUGCGAGCCAAUGGAUGAGGCACCGGCAUCUACCUCUAAUCCGUUUUUCGGUCCUGUCAAAAAUGCUCGAAAAUAG